AAACAAAAAUACGGAGUAACAAAUUGGAUUACAAGGAUAUUGAGCUUCUCACGUGCGUCUCUUUCCUCCGUUGAAGUGGCUACUCUGAAUUCUCCAUUAAAGCAUUGAAGCGUAGGUUUAAAUACUCAAUCUAACAGGUACCCUUCUUUUUUCUCUCACUAAUUUCUAUUCUUCUCACAAAUCCCAUGGAUAUAUUUGAUUCUUGUAUCGAUCCCCCACAAACUGAACCUCCAAAACCCGAAAUUCGGAGCAAUGAAAACCUAAAUGAUGAUGAUAUUUUUGGUUCCUCUAUAAACUUGGAAGAAUCUCACAUUGAAGAAGGCUACAAAGAUGGGUAUAGGGAUGGUCUUACCUUGGGAAAACAAGAGGGCUAUGAAGUGGGUCUAAAACAUGGGUUUGAGUCUGGUGAAGAGCUCGGGUUUUACCGUGGUCUUGUCGAUGUUUGGACUUCUGUGAUUCGAGUUGAACCCAACUUCUUCUCUGCUCGGGUACAGAAGAGUAUCCAUCAAAUUCAGGAGUUGCUUGAGAAGUACCCAUUUAUGGAUCAUGAAGAUGAGAGCAAAGAUGACAUUUUAAGAGAGCUUAGGUUGAAGUUUAAGGCUACUUGUGCUUCUUUAGGAGUUAAAUUGGAAUACGAGGGGUACCCUAAAAUGUCUGACUCUCAUGACUAUAUGAAAAAUAUGAUACUGGCUUGUUGCAAACUAUACAUAUCUGAAAGCCGCAACAAAGCUGCCCUCGAGUCUAUUGAACGAGUAGCCAAGCUUGUGCAUGAUACUAAAGUUGUCAAUAAAUUUGAAGAUGAAGCUUAUAACAGAGUUGGCUACACUCUUGUCUCUAAGCUACCUCCAAAGUUGUCAUCGGAUCUUUGCGCUCUAAAAGAUACUGCUUUUGCAAUGGUUAGCACUGCUUUGAAAGCAAUUGACUUUAAUAUGCACAGUGGAAGCCAUCCUCGUCUGGGAGUUGUUGAUCACAUCUGUUUUCACCCGUUGGCCAAUACUUCUUCGGAGCAGACAGCUAAUAUUGCAAGGUCAUUGGCCAAAGAUGUUGGUACCAAGCUUGAAGUUCCUACCUUUUUAUAUGGAGCAGCACAUGAAAAAGGACGAACUCUUGAUUCAGUAAGAAGAGAGCUUGGCUACUUUAGGCCUAACACUAAUGGAAAUAUCUGGGCGGGAGGGCUGAGCUCAGAGACUUUACCUUUGCAUCCAGAUGAAGGACCAAAUCAAGCUGACCUAUCUAAGGGCGUUGUUGUAAUAGGGAGUACAAGAUGGGUUGAUAACUACAACGUCCCAAUCUUUUCCACCAAUCUUUCAGCUGUUCGUAGAAUUGCCAAACUCGUUAGUGAAAGAGGAGGUGGACUUCCAUCAGUUCAAGCUAUGGCACUUUCUCAUGGAGAGGAAGUUAUUGAGGUUGCUUGCAAUUUACUGGAACCGAAUAAGGUUGGAGGAGAUCAAGUUCAAAUUGAAGUUGAGCGCCUUGCACAGGAAGAAGGUAUGGUUGCCAGAAAGGGUUACUUUACUGACUUUUCACAAGAACAAAUCAUCAAUGCUUUCUUGGAUUCUGGAGAUACAUCUGAUUGACCAUUACUAACUUGUAAGUAGAAUUAUCUCUAUAAAGGUGCCAGAUUUAUUUGAUGCAUCAUACUCUCGAGAUAAAUAACUUCCAAUUAUAAUACAACAUAUUACAGUAGCAGUCAAAUCUCUCCUUCAUUUUUGUUGUGAUUUGAGUUCGCUACUUGUGUUACAUGUGCUACGUAACUAACUUGGGUGAAAAUUGCUGUUAAUCAAUGGAGUAUUUAUUUGUUAGUUAAUGAUGGCUAUGACAUUUCGUCUCCUGCUAAAUGCCUGACUAGCUAUGUAAAUAGACAUUUUCUUGUGGUUUGGACUCAAUUUUGGUGUCCUUAAUCUUCAGACUGUUCCGGGUGGUUGUAUAUCAUAAUUAGUGUUCCGAGUUUUUACAUCCUUGUGUCUUUGGCGUGCAAAACACAUGCUCUUUGGAUUGCAUUAUAUCAUGAGUUUUUCACAUCCUCUUUUUCCUUGGGCAUUUAAAUCAAAGGUGUCAAGGAUCAUUUCUCUUUUAACUAGUAGAAAAGUUGCUCAAGGGCAGUGGACUGAGUGGAGGAAAUGCACCUGUUUUACAAAAUUCAAAGCCAAAAAUAGGUUUUUGUUUUUACUACCUUAAAAAAAAUCAUUUUAUUUUAUUUUAAGACCAUCUCCAAUGGUGAGACUUGAGGGAGUUUUUUUUAGGACGGAGUGUUUUUUUUACAAAAUAUACCAAUAAGUUGGUAUCUUUUUUUACAAAGAAUACCAAUAAGUUGGUAUUUAAACUUUAGCAAUUCCAAAAGAAAGUUGUUAAGUUUAGAUACUCAACUUUGAGUCUCAUUUGACAAAAAGUGUGGGCCCUUUAUUAAUAUUAUAAUAUAUUUUGUAAUUUAUUUAAGUUUUAUUUU